CCGACCGGUUCGCGCAGGCGAUUCCGAUUCCUCGGUAACGUCGAUAUCUCCCGGGAGAUCGGUCGAUUUAAUCGGCCGAGUGGUCCAACACGUGCCACGGAGUGAACGACUUCGAAUGCCGCUUGCACACCUCACCUGAAAACCCUUUUCCGUUCGCUCGCCGCGCGUUCCGCCUCCCUCGUUGAGAUUUAAAGGAGACCAGACCUUGAUUGCCGGGGAUAGUUCGCGUCCUGACCGAGUUUUCCCCGUUACACCUUCGGACUUUGUGUCACGGAAGCUUUGCGGCACUUCUUGUCUCCGGCACGAUGGCGUUCACCGAGAGGAACAUUGGCUUCCUUCUAAUGACCGUCACGAGUCUGCUUCUCCUGAAGGUGAAUCACUGCGAGACAUCGUGCUACGGAAAGACUGUACUGAGAUCAGGCGGUAUAUCGUGCGAGGAGAAACAGAUUAUCCUGGACGAACACAAUCGAUUGAGGCAACUAGUGGCAUUGGGACAGAUACAUGGUCAACCUGGCGCGGCGAAUAUGAUGGAAAUGAUAUGGGAUGACGAGCUUGCCGCGAUAGCCCAACGAUGGGCGGAUCGUUGCGCCGAGACGCAUGACAGUUUAAGAAACGUUCGUAGAUUUGCGGUAGGACAAAACAUCGCUCGUUCGUGGACGACCAGACCCCCGGGACCUUACGAUAGCGAACCGAAUUGGAGACGGCAAAUUUCUAACUGGUUCAACGAGGUGCAAUACUAUCAUUCCGGUUAUAGCAGAGCCACGGGACAUUACACACAGUUGGUGUGGGGCGACACUUUCCUGCUUGGAUGCGGAUAUUCGUUCUACUACGACCCGGCUCGCGGCUACACCAAGAAUUACGUAUGCAACUACGGACCGAGCGGAAACAUACUCGGUUUUCAACCUUACAAGUCGGGCCAGCCGGCAUGCGGCAAUUACGGAAUGUCCUACAGCAACAGAUACUCCGGACUAUGUUCCCACGGCAGUUAUUACCAUCUGGGAGCCUAUUGUAUAUACGGAUAGUACACAAAUGGAUAUUCACGAGAAGAAAGGAACUACGCGAGUCUCAAGAUCGCGCCGAACAAUCGCAGUUCCCGUCGUCUUAUUCUCUUUUCGGAUAUGUUGUGACAGAUGUAAUCACUAUCAUCGCACGCGCUUCUCGCGCUAAAAGGACAAUUGCUUGAUGCGCAAUAUAUGCGGAUAUAUACGUAGAUAGAUUGUGUAACCGCUAGUUUUCAUUAAUUAAGAAACGAGCCAAUUCGUUGUGCAUAAUAUCAAUUUGUAUACAUGACGAGAUGAGGCGUAUUAUAAUUAUUGCCGUGUGUACACACAUGUGGGAUAACGAAGCGAGAUUGAUAUACAGAUGGUAUUCGAGGCCGUCAGGUUCGAAAUCUAGUAAAGAAUUCUUUUUUGUUCUUUAUCUGCUGCGCGCUUUAUUGUAUGUAUAGAACUGGAAAUCCUUACGCAAAAUUUAUAUUGCAGAAAGAAAACCCUGACGAUAUAAAUGAAACUUGAGACUCGAGAAGAAAACACAUUUAUUCUUAAUAAUAAGAUGUAGCUCUCCGAAAUAUUCAUCGACUUAUAAAUGUCUGUUCAAUGCAACAUCGUGAACAACGAUGCCCAGAACCAAUCAAAAUUAUAUUGAUACACCAUAUCUACUAAAAUCAGAAAAAAAAAAAACAAAACACAUAAUUGAAAUAUCACUUUUAUCUCAGUAAUUUGUAAGUUUAGUAAUUUUUUUAAAUUUUUCUCUUUCCUUUUGAUAAUUCUAAAUGUUAGAGAAAUUACAUAACAUUGCAAUUACGUACUAACUUUAAGAGGCGUGUUAAAAUGUUGACAUUAGCUGUUUUUUGCAAACACAAUUGCUUUUUUUUUUUUUAUCAGAAAACUGUCGGUAAAAGAUAAUUAAGAAGCUAUUAUGUUUGAAAUGAAAAUUAAAAAAUCCCUCUUACGUAACUUAUUCUAUAUAGUUCAAUCUAGUCUAUUUAUAGUUGAUAAAAAAAUUAGUGAUUAAGUCAAUAAGAGGGAAUUAUCACAUAAAAUACUCGCUAUUGUGCUCGCGUAACCAGAACUUCUAAGUUUAAACUUUUAUACUAGUGUGGACACACAUUACACUUAUAUAUAAAUUAC